UGUUGCCCCAUGGCACAGCCAGGGCUCGGCACUGCCUGGCUGAGGCCCCCCAUGGCAGAGGGGCAGCUGGGGCAGCACGUGCUGCUGUGUUACCCAGUAGCCCCCUGUGCACAGCGGGGCCCCACUGAGUUGCAGGGUUUUAUUUGCCUGCAGCUAUUAACGACUUUCAGCAGCCCGGCAGGAGGGGAGGAGGUGAUGGGCACAAUGGGAAGGGGCUGCCAGGGCCAUGCACCCCGCAGAGCCCCCUCUGUCACCCCAUGUGCCCCGCCAUAGAGUGACAAAGGAGGCAGAGCCCUGGCCCUCCUGCAGCCCUGCGUCUCGCCCCUUGCCUGCACUAAUUAGGGCUGUCAUUAAAAGGGUUGAAAGACAGGGCUGAGAGACAAGCCGUGUCCUGAGCAAGGACAUCAGCCAGGAUGUCUGUCCCUGGGACAUGGGCACAGGGGGGUUGGAGCAGGGUUUGUUCCAGCCCUGCUCACACCAGGAGCUUCCUCUCCUUGGUGUCCUCUGUCCCCAGUCAGUCAGUGCCAGAGGGAUGGGGAUUGCAGCCCAGGGGCUCUGACCCAUUGAGGCCAGUGCUGUGCCAGAAUCUUGGGAUGCCAACGGAAGCUUUUUGGGAGCAAAGUCGCCACGUGCAGCCAGGGAUUUGGGAGAUGAGCACUGGAGGUCUGCCAAGGGCUGAGCCCACUGCAGGGUCACAGAUUGGCCCAGGGCCCUUGGAGUAGGUUGGGGGUGGGCAGGAGCUCCCCAUGGCCCAUCAGUCCCCAGCCUGUCAGACCCCACUGCAGCCUUGUCCCUGAGCCCCAAGCCACCCUGCUGGGGCAGGGGCAGUGGCUCCUUUGUCCUUAUACCACCUCUAGGUGCUGCUGCCCUUGAGUGCCACUGCCACCCCAGCUCCUGUGCUUCCUGGGUGUGGGGGAAAACUCCAGCUCUGGUUGCUGGAAACAGCAUCACCAUCUGAGUACCUCAAAGUACAGACAAACUCCCCCAAACACUGCACUGGGUUUCAGCCUGGUGCUGGGGGCCACACACCCACCUCACAUGGACCACUUCACUUACGGGGUGACGCAAUGGCAGGGGCAGUAUCCUAUAGUGUGGGGUCCCGGGGGGCUCAGGCGUGUGGCUGCUGCACGGACGGCACAAGGAAAGGGUUAAGUCCUGCUCGAGUGCGGGAAGCAGGGCUGGCUCCCACCCCCUUCGCUGGCGGAGGCCGAGCCGGGUGCGUCUGCUGGGAUGGAGGCGGCGCGUCCCACAUGUUUGGUUUGCACCCUGCCGAGAGCAGCCGGGACAGGAGGGGCCCUUUCCCUGCCACCCGCCGUGGGGGCUGCGUUACCCCACGAGCCAGGACACAGCGCAUGGAGGAGCUGGGGAGCUGACACCAUGAACCAGCUGGUCCUUUGCACGCUGCUGCUGCUGCUGCUACUCCCUGGGCAGCUGGCACGGGCAUGUCCCACGGGCUGCCAGUGCCAGGACCCCACGACCAUCCUGUGUGCGGCCAGGCGGGGCCACACUGUGCCACGAGGGCUGCCUCCCAGCACCCUGUCCCUCUAUGUCUUUGAGAAUGGUAUCACGAUGCUCAGUGAGGACAGCUUUGCAGGGCUGCCUGCCCUGCAGCUCUUGGACCUUUCACAAAACAAGAUCACUAGCAUCCAGAAAAACAUCUUCCAGCCCCUAACGGAGCUCGUCAACUUGGACCUGUCCUCCAACCAGCUGCAGGAGAUCACCAACGAGACCUUCCAUGGGCUGCGGCUGCUGGAGCGGCUCUACCUGCAGAAGAACAGGAUCCAGCACAUCCACGCCACCGCGUUUGACACGCUGGAGAAUCUCCUGGAGCUGAAGCUGCAGAACAACCAGCUCCGGGCCGUGCCCCCACUUGACCUGCCCAACCUCCUCCUGCUGGACAUCAGCUGGAACAAGAUCCCCACCAUUGCGCCUGGCGCCCUCCAUGCCAUCAACAUCGAGUCCCUGAAAAUCGCGGGGCUGGGCCUGACAACCUUGGACGAGGAGCUCUUCCAGCCCCAGAACAACCUGCACGAGCUGGACAUCUCUGACAACCUGCUGGAGCGCGUGCCGGUGGUGCUGCGGCGCCUGGGCAGCCUCACCAAGCUCAGCCUGGCCGGCAACGCGCACAUCUCCCAGCUGCCACCUGAGGACUUCCGUGGCCUUCACAACCUGCAGGAGCUGGACAUCAGCAACCUCAACAUCAACACCAUCCCUCGGGACUUCUCCAGGUUCUUCCCGAGGCUCCGUGCCAUGACAGCCGCCGGUAACCCCUUCAACUGCAUCUGCCAGAUGAGCUGGCUCGUGCAAUGGGUGAAUGCCAGCGGUGUGCUGCUGCGGCGGCCCGAGGAGACGCGCUGCCACUUCCCCCCCAAAAACUCAGGGAAGCUCCUCCACCACCUGCAAUACGCCGACUUCGGCUGCCCCACCACCACCACCACCACUGCUGCCACCACCUCCCCUCCACGCACCACUGCGCCGCGACCUCCCGUGCCCAUUCCCACCGGCAGCCGCCCACCGCCGGAGCCCAGCACCACCACCAGCACCCCGCAGCCCCGCGCCAUCCCCUUUAGCUCCACACCGGUGCCUUUCAGCCUCACUCCAGCUGCCAGCAGCCCCCCGCUGCAGCGGUGCCCCCCACGCACGUGCUUGAACGGUGGCACCUGCCAACUGGGUGCCCACGGUCACCUGUGGUGCCUGUGCCCACCGGGCUUUGCUGGGGCAUUCUGUGAGGAGGAAGAGGAGGAGGAAGAAGAGAAAGAGGAGGAGGCGGCGAGGGGCACAACGCUGUCCCCAGCCACGCCAGCAGCACCUCCCAGCCGGAAGAUCAGCAUCACACAGGUGAGCAGCACCUCACUGCGGGUGGACCUACAGAACUAUGUCCAGUCCAGAGCCCAGAUGAAGGGCAUCCAGCUGAGCUACCGCAACCUCUCUGGGCCAGAGAAGCGCCCCGUGAUGCUCCGCUUGCCGGCUUCUCUCCCUGAGUACACAGUGCGGGCGCUGAAACCCAACUGCACCUACCGCGUGUGCGUGGGGCCACUGGGGGAAAAGGGCUCCAGGGAGGAGUUCUGCGUGGAGGCGCACACCUUGCCGGCGAGCCACCAGCAGCACUCACCUGUCACCCAGAGCAAGGACAACAACAUGGCGCUGAUGAUCGUCCCCGCGCUGGCUGCCGUGCUGCUGCUGGUGGUGGUGGUGACGGCAGUCACCUACUACCGCCGGCACCGCCAGGCCAAGGAACACGCGGGGGGUGGGGUGCAGGCCGGCCCGCUGGAGCUGGAGGGUGUGAAGGCGUGCCUAGAGAACGGUGAGAGGGGUGGGCAUGGCUGCCGGGGGCCUGAAAACACAGUGCUGGCGGGCAGCCCUGAGUGCGAAGUGCCGCUGAUGCAGGCGCACUACCCCAGCAACAACAACAGCGCGGCACUGAAGCCCUCCUACUUCUGAGCCCAGAGUGCUGUGGCACCUCCAGGCUGAGGAACGGCGGGGCAGUUAACUGAGCUGAGGCAGCCCAAACCCGUAACGUGCAAUCUGAGGGGCUUACACACGUGGGGAGCAGUCACUGAUUGCACCGCUCGGCCCCAGCACCUUGACUCCCAUGACUCGACGCAGAACGUGGGCAGCAAGGGUUUUGGUUUUUGAUUCGGGUUUGGGUCAGCCUUCUUGUUUUAGCAAGCGCUAGGAAGGAAGACAGAAGGAGGACGGCGGUGACUCGGCUGAGGGGCAGCGAUGUGCUGGCAACAGGGGCCCCUCAGUGGAGCGUGGCCGCGGUCCCCACUCCCUGGAGCUGAUGUGAGCGGUGCAGCCCGGCUGAGGAGCUGUGCCCCUCGGCACCGGUGGGCUGAAGGACGCACCGCAUGGGGAACCAGAGCUUUACGAACUCAGAGAGAAUAUUUAUACGUGGUUAUUUCCCAUUUCUUCUGGGAAAACUUUUUCUAGUACAGGUUUUGUAAGGCAGACCAGCAGGAUGUCAUUUUGUAAAAAAAAUAAUAAAAGAGUAACAACAACAAGGAA